CAGGGCAUUAUACUUAUAUACGAUAUAACCCAGGAGAAGACGUUUGAAAACAUUUCAAAGUGGCUACGGAACAUAGAAGAGGUACAGUUAAGGCUCUCAUAACCUUGGCAAUGCAUAAGAGUUUUCAUUCUCGUUUCAUUUUUUUGUUUUAUUCCAUUGUAUAAGUAGUACAAGAAAUACCACAAAUUUCAUUUUCCUAUUCCCAACAUACGAGAGAAAUAAUAUAACUAAACUCUAAGACACUUCCGCGGAGCAAUUUGCAAACAAUGAUCUCAGUCGAAUCUACAGGAAAAAUUAAUCGUUUUUUUCGCGAAAAUGGGGGAAAGUUAUCAAUAAUGCUUGUUUUUCUAAGCAUUUUAUCUUUUCGUACCACCUGAAUUUUGUCAAUCGACUAUAAACAAUCCCAUGAUCAUCUUUAGUAAUUGUAAACUCGUUUAAAAAUGUGAGUCGGAAGACUCAUGUACUAUGUGCAUACGGCUACAUAAAUGAGUUAAGUUAAAUCAAUAAUAAAGGCUACAAUAGACGAUUUUAUAACAAAGGACUUAACAAUAUUGCACAAACAUCUCAAGCUUGAUAUAGCUCACCGUCAAUGUUUGGUAGCUUGCCAUCACUGAUGAAAUCUAGGUCUUCUUCCAGUUUCAAAAUACUUCUUUUACAACAGAUCUCAAUUCUUUCUUCUUUUGACGGUCUUGUCAUAUAAAUUAGAUCGUCUCAACCGAAACACGCACACUGCCACAUAGGUCUCCAGUGUUCUUCUUGAUAACUCUCAGCUCCAGAAGUACAAAAUAUAAGACUUGACCAAAACUGGUCUCUGUGAGAGCCAUCGUCUUUCAGAGUUGCUCCGGUCCUGUGGGCGCUCUUGACGUUUGGUUGCAUUUGAAGAUCUUUCUAAAAUAGAGUGUAACCCGGAGCUUUGCUUGCAGUACAAUUUUCGCUUGUAGACGCUGGGACAUUAUAGAAUCUCAGCUUGCAAUCACUAUGAAUAUCUCUCUGGUGAUAACAACCUCACUAGUCAGGGGCACCCAACGAGGAUAUAGUUCAAAACCACUUAACAUAGCAUUCUUGAACGUAUUUUAGUAUUUAAACGGUAGAUAUAGGCAUAUUUUUAUCCCCUAAAAACAUUUCAUCUGUUCGGAUUUCCUAGCUGAAAGUCUAGUGAUCGAAAAUUAUAGGGAUCAAAACUUACCUUUUCGAAAAUUUCAGCCAGGAAAAGGCUCCCGAAAAUUCUAGGUGGCCUUUUUUAGGGUAAAUAUUCGUUUAAGAUGGGUAAUUAUACCAUUUUGUAGAUGUUCGAAAAUCCUAGGAGAGGCAGGCAAGCAAGAAAUGUUACAACAAAUGUUCCGAAAAUUCUAGUUCUCAAAUCGUCUUCCGAACAGAUAUUUUCCCGAAAAUUGCCGUUGGGUGCCCCUGACUAGUUUUCUUAUCUUUACUUUCAAACUGUAUAUUUCAAAAUCAUGUGAGAAAUGUCUUUAUCCACCUUCGAGUAUGGUCAAUUAUCAGAUCCUGAUAGAUGAGAGGUAGAUCCUAGAAAGCUUUAUUUUGUAAAAAUUUCAACAUGCCGCUUCGAAAAGCAUGAAGUGACACAGAGGAAGGACGGACAGAAUCGCCAGCUCAGCGAUAAAACCCAGUUCGAAAACAGCUGCAAAUUUUAUUCCCUCGCCGAACUCAAAUACCUCCGUACGUACGACAUCACAAGGUCACCCCUUAGUACCACAGGAUACCCAAGUACCACAUAGGGAGUUGCGUUGUCCUAACGUCGAACGUAAUAAAACCUAAGUGUUGCAAAGUUUAUUUAUUCUUUCAAGCACACAAUUGUUUUUAUGGGACAGAGAAAGUCUUCAGGAUCACCCUUUAACCCUUUAAGCCCCGAUAUCCACUUACAAAUUCUCCAAACUGAUCUCUAUACAUUUCCUUAAAGAAUUAGUUGGGAGAGUUUGAUAACAGAUCAAAGCAUUUUCUCUUUAGUGACAGUUUUAUUAACUCUCAUAACCUUUUCUCUUGGCAACUUAUGGAUAUUGUUAGGAGAAAAUUAAUGUUGGUCACUAUUGGGACUCAAAGGGUUAAUUCUUUUUCCCCACUCUAUUUUAGCAUGCAAAUGAAGAUGUAGAAAAGAUGAUCCUUGGUAGCAAAUGUCAUAUGGAAGAUAGAAGAAUUGUCAGCAAGGAAAACGGGGAGCAGGUGAGUUCACUGAAGUGUAAGACACUUCACAGUAAGUCCACCAAAUCAGAUGCAACAAAUCUGUGGUCCCCUAAAUGCUAAUCUUGGGCUUUCUGGAGGAAAAAAGGGUAGAGUGAAACCUGGUUACAGGUAAAUACCAUCAUCAUCAUCAUAAUCAUUGUUUGCCCUUGUUGAGAACAGGACCAGCAAUCAAGUUGUUUCAACACAUUUACUUCUUGGCUGCAUUUUUUGAAUCUCAGGCACAUUCCCCUUGUUUCUUUUUCCAGUCCUGGUCCCAGUUGUUCAAAAGGUGGGUAACGCUAUCCACCGGCUAAAUCUCUAACCAGUGGAUAACGCAAUUGGUUUCCCUUUAAUACUUAUCCACUGGAUAGCGCUAUAUCCAAAUUUUAAAGCAACUGGGGCCUGGAAAUUGCCAUGUCUUUGUUAACCCUUAUUGUACUUACCUGUGGGUGCCCAUGUCAGUUGUGAUGUUGGGAUAAUAAGCUGAUGCCAUUCGUAGAAACCUAAAUAACUUACCACAAUAUAUAGUAAUGAAAAUGUGGAGAAAAGUUUUAAUAGCUGUUUUUUUCUUUGCUUCCUUUUCUGCUUUAGUUGACCAAAGAGCACGGUGCCCAGUUCUUUGAAGUAAGUGCCGAAGAGAAUAUCAACAUCAAGGAAGUCUUAUACAACCUAGCUGAAAAAAUGCUCGAGAAGAAACUGUCCACGGACAAUGAGAAAACUUCUCAAAACAUUCACGUCAGUGAUACCGAAGAGAAAAAAGGGAGGUGCUAUUAA